AUGUCCGCCGCAGUCAAGGCGGCCAUCGCGGCGCGGCGCAAGGCGCUUGCACAGCAGCAGCAGAGCAUCGGCAGUGCCUCGCCCGCCGGCUCGCCGCCCGCGUCCGGCACGGCCUCGCCCGAGCUGUCUCUGAGUGCCUCGAACUCCGCGCCGGACCUCGACGAGCUGGCCCUGGCGCAGGCGCCUCUUUCGGCACUGCUCAACAAGGCCGCUGUGACGGGCCGCGCCAACCUGGCUGCACGGCAUCCGGCGCUGGCGCAGCUGCCGCCGCAGCUGUGGGACCUGCUCAGCGCCGACCCACCGGCAUGGCGCAGCAGCAGCACGCGGCCGUGGUUCGAGCGCCCCGAGCUCAGCGUGCUCAAUGCCUCGAACAAUGAGCUGCGACAGUGCAGCGAGCGCAUCGAUGAGUUUGCGGCGCUGGCACGGCUUGAUCUGCACAACAACCGUCUGCCAGUGGUCCCGCGACAGCUGUCGCACCUCGCGUGCCUAACGUCGCUCCACCUGGCCGGCAACUUGCUCACCGAGUUCCCGCUGCCGCUGCUUGCGCUCGACACUCUCGUCGAGCUGGACCUCUCCUCGAACCGCAUCGAGUACCUCUGGCAGGCCGAGGACGUCGCCGAAUCGCGUGCAGAGCUCACGGCAUGGAGGAAGGAGCAGGGCCCCAACGAGCUGGGCGGCGUAUGGGCCGGCCUGGACGCGCCGGCCAGCCCGACGAAGCGCGACCGGCGACGCACGCCCAUCGAUCUGACGCGCCCGAUGGCGGGCCUGAAGGUGCUGCGACUCGGCAACAAUCGCCUUGCCAACGACGCUCUUGGGCUUGACAGCGACGCACAUCUACCGCUGCCCCUUGGCCUCACUGAGCUCGACCUGUCGGACAAUUUCAUCCGGGGACCGCUGCCGCUGCACUUCUUUGCCCGACUCGACAGCUUGCAAGUCCUGGACAUCGGCGGCAAUGGCAUCUCGUCGCAGGUGUUUGAGCUGCAGAGCACAGGCGGCUCAGACGUGGCAGCACCAGAAUCGGUCUUUCCAAGCCUCAAAACGCUCGACGUGCACCGGUGCGACAUCGACGAUCUGCAGCCGCUCGAGGCCGUCUUCGGCUCUCCGCGCACCAUCGCGCAUGGCGAGAAGCCGCACCUGGCGGGCGCCGACGUCUCUUCACCGCUGGCCGGCGUACGUGCGCGCCAGCUGAUCAGCGCAGCUCGUCGACGGCCGGAGGAGACGAGCAAUGGCUCGCUCUACGUCGUGCUCGAGGGCAAUCCGCUGCGGGAGGAGGGCUUCCGGCGCAAGCGCGGCGGAGGCGCCGCUCGCUCCGUCUCGGCUGGAGUCAUGGCUGCUGUCGAGAAGGGCGAUCCUGCACCGAAUAAGCGCGCCGACAUCGACGCUAACGGGCAGACGAGCGGCGCCGCUCAGAGUCCGGCUCCUCCGCGCCGAGCGCCAGCGCAACAGGCGCCCGUCAAUGAGUGGGCUCCGUUGGGCAGCAGCUCUGCCCCUCCGCCGCGCAAGACGCCUCAAGCACGGAUAGCUCCGCCACGAGCCGGCCCUUCCAUCUCUCAGCGUCCAGCUGUCACCGCGACGGCAAGCAACGACGAUGCAUUCGGGCCGCUCGGUGGCGCCAAGCCAAAUGCAGCUGCGCCGGUGAAUGGCGCCGCGCACGAUGCACCCAAGUUUGCACCGUCGCCGACCAAGGCAGCGAGAGCAACCCCGCCUGCAGCGCCAGAGUGGGAGGCCCCGAUGAGCGAAGGCCAGAAGCGGCGAUUGCGGGCAGAGCAGGCGCGCGCCGCCGAGGCCGCGUCGUCAGGCAGCACACCCGAUGCGCAGGAGCACCCCCAGCCCGCUGCAGAUGCGGAGCCAGCGACAGUAUCGGCGCCGCCGCAGCCGCCGGUGAAGGUAGCAGCUGCUGCAGCUGCUGCACAGUCACCACGCAAGCGAGGCGCAGCGGCGUGGGAGUCGAGCGGCGCGCUGUGGUAG